UCGCGGCAGUCACGUGACCUCCCGAUCAUAUGACCUGCCUGAUAAACAGCAAGAAAUGUGCACCAGUCAGUGAGUGACAGAGUUGGUUUUUAGUUCAGGUGGCUCUUUUGGUCACUCGGCUCCGUUUUGUUGAAUUUUAUCUGUUCGGAGUGAAGAAGAAGAAACUUGGAGGAGCUGAAUCAAACAUGGAAACCGGAAGUUUGGCUUCUGCUGUGUUCUUACUGCUCAGUGCGCUGCUGUCCGGAUGUCUUUGUGCCUACAGCUCGGCUCAGCUUGACCCUCUGGUGUUUGAGGAGCAGCUGCUGUGGGUGAGCGGCAAACAGGGUCAAGUGAACACCUACAGAAUCCCGCUCAUCACUUUUACUCCACAAGGAAGCCUGCUGGCCAUCGCCGAGGGCAGGAAGGCGUCGUCCAGUGACAUAGGGGCAAAGUUUAUCGCAGUGAGGCGAUCCACUGACAAAGGAAACACCUGGUCUCCGACCACCUUCAUAGUGGACGAUGGCAGCUUUCCGGAUGGCUUGAACCUGGGCUCCGUGGUUGUGGACGAAGAGGCCGGUUCGGUGAUUCUGAUCUACACCAUCUGCUUCCACCUGUACCACUGCAAGCCGGCUAGCACCAUGAUGGUGGAGAGCUGGGACGACGGCCUGAGCUGGAGCCGACCCAAAAACCUCUCGGUCCAGCUGGGAGUGAAGGCCUUCGCUCCUGGGCCGGGAUUCGGCAUCCAGAAGCGCCUUGAUCCUGCAAAGGGGCGGUUGGUGGUGUGCGGCCAUGGGACGAUCGAGGGGGAUGGAGUGUUUUGCAUCCUGAGCGACGAUCAUGGAGAAACGUGGCGCAACGGAGCAGCCCUGAAGAGCAUCCCUUACAACCAACCGAAGAAAGCUCAGGACUUCAACCCUGAUGAGUGCCAGCCCGUUGAGUUGAUGGACGGCAGCAUCUUGAUCAACGUCCGGAACCAGAACAACUACCACUGCCACUGCCGCAUCGUGGUGCGCAGUUUGGACGGAGGCCUGACGCUCCCCGUGGAAGAGCUGGUCUUCGACACCACGCUGAUUGAUCCCGUUGUCGCGGCUGGAGCUCUGCAGAAAGACGGGGUGCUCUACUUCACCAACCCGUCCAACGACCAAAAGAGAGUAAACCUGACGCUACGAUGGUCGCUAACGAACGGAAAAACCUGGGAGAACAAAGCCGUCCAGAUCUGGCCAGGGCCGAGCGGCUACUCCUGCAUUACAUCUCUGAACGAUGACUCUGUAGAAGACCAGAAAUACAUCUUCGUCAUUUAUGAGAAGGGCCACAAGGACAUCAUUGAGACUAUCUCGUUUGUGAAGAUCCACCUGUACGGCGGCCGGUAGGACGCACGGGUCGGAGAUCUAAACCCUAAAGGGAAAAA